AGGUGCUGUCACAUUUUAAACUGAGAAUGCCACUGUUAAUGUUUGGAAGAAGACCCGAAUCGGUUCUCUUCCCGUUCGAAUAAUGUAAUACGCUGUCUGAAAUUAUAAAAAUAUUCGCGCUUAAAGGAAAUCCUUUAUUUAAACUUAGCAGCUACUAACGAUAUCAUUAGUGAAAUUUAAUACUUUCGUGUUAUAUGUGAAUAGUGUUGCACGUGUGUCGACAAUUAUUUAGAAAAAAAAAGGGUAUGCUUUAACAUCGGUAUGGGUAGUAUGUUAAAACAAUUAUUGACAGGAAAUAUUCACAAAAUUCGAGAAUUUGAAUUGGAAAAGGUAAAUCUCGCAGAUGAGUUCGAUAUUUUGCAAAUUGUAGGCGAGGGUUGGUUCGGGAAAAUCCUUCUUGUAGAACACAAAGCUACUGAUACUGAAAUGGUUUUAAAAGCACUUCCGAAACCUUACACGGCGCUCAAAGAUUUCUAUAGGGAAUUCCAUUACGGACUACAUUUAGGCGUACACAAAAAUAUAAUUACUGCUUAUGAUGUAGCAUUCGAAACAGCAGGAUUCUACGUUUUUUCCCAAGAAUACGCUCCACUAGGUGACUUGACAUCGAACGUAUCGGAAAUAGGAAUAGGGGAACUUCACACGAAAAGGGUAGCGAAACAAUUAGCGGCAGCUCUAGAUCAUAUGCACGCGAGAGAUUUAGUUCAUCGCGACGUUAAGCUCGAUAAUAUUUUGGUAUUCAAAUCGGAUUUUUCGCGAAUCAAAUUGUGCGAUUUCGGAGAAACUCGCAGAUCGGGAACGGUGGUUUUAAGAAGAAACGAAUGGUUGCCGUACGCAGCACCGGAAAUUUUAUUAGUACCAACCGAUGGGACAUAUAAGGCGCAAACUUCUCACGACGUAUGGCAAUUCGGUAUAGUUAUUUUCGUUUGCCUAACCGGAUGUUUACCGUGGCAAAAAGCAGCUAUGGAUGAUCCCAGAUACGUCAGAUACCUUUCUUGGCAAAAUUCCAACAUACCUUUAAAAAGACAACCGAAGCUAUUCAAAUUGGUAUCGUCCAAAGCUCAAAGAUUGUUCAAGAAAUAUUUGGAACCGAGAGCAGAAAAAAGACCGGCCGGUUUAGCCGAAGUUCAUAGAUACCUCGACGAUAGAUGGAUGUCGAAAGGUAUGGAAAAAUCCAACGAAACGCUCAAAGAAGACGAAGGAUUAUGCCCGUCGAUGUACAGUUUCCACAGCAGCCCCGAAGAAAAAAACAAACUACUCUACAGCCUUACACAAUACGGUUUAGAAACGACCGUAGAUAGAGUAGCUAAAAAGAACAGAAUCAGAGAAUGGAUACAGAACAGCGUAAUAGAAGAAGAUGAUGAACCAACCGAGGAAUUAGAUGAAGAAAAUAUCAAAAUACACGACAACCAAAACGGUCCUUUGGGAGAACGAGAAUCGAUUACCGAAAGAAAAAUUAAAGAUAUCAAAAGACGAAGUCAUAAACAAAGUACAAUUAGGGAUGAUAUACCUUAUAAACCACCAAUAGAUCCCAGGAUACCAUUGGAACAUCAAAAAAUUUCAACGGAAGUGGCCAAUUUUAAAAAUGGUAUAGGACAAACUAAAAUACCAAAUUCUCUAACUUCGUCAGAAAGUGCAAUUAGUAGUGAAUCUAGCGUUACCGUUAAAUAUAAAAUUAACGUCCAGUUACCCCAAACUUGAUGAUAAUGAAGAUACCGAACUAAUUGUAUAACAGAAAACGUACCUGAGUGAAAACUAUCAGCUCAAUUAAUUGAAUAAGUGAUGUUUGAUUAUGGAAUGCCCUAAAUAACAUUUUAAAAUACGACACGAAGAAAUUACACCGCCCUGUACAGUUCACAAUUGAGAUGGGACAGAACUUAAAUGUCUUUCCAAGAAAAUUGAUUGGAAACCGCGCCCACAACUAUCCGAUAUGAAUCCUCACAUAAAGAAAACAUUUCUUAACACAAAACAUGUCACAUAAGAGGAAUUAAAUCUUGUCUACAGCAUGAUCAUUUUAAAAUAAUAAACUUUCCUAAAUUUCGGGAAAAAAUUGAAGAUCUGACAACAAUGUAAAAAAUUAUGUGUAUUACAAAAACCUUUACAAGCCAUUAUCGAUAUAUUCGAGGCGUUCCAUAUUUGAAAUUCGCUCUGUACAGGGUGAUUCAUGAAAAAUUACCAAUAACUAGUAUGUCCUAUAAGUUUGGGGGCGAAAAAAUUUCCAAUUGUUUUCCUUUGUGGAAAAUUUCAAAAACGAUACUAUAUCUCAUAUAGGAUAUAUUUUAAGUAACUGAUGAAGCUUGUAUUUUGAAUGUUUAUAAUGUGAAGUAGAUGCUGAAAUUUGUUUUGUGCAUAUUUUGAAUGUUUACAAUAUGAAGUAACUGCUGAAGUAUGCAUUUUUAAUGUUUAUGAAAUAAAGCUGCUGCUGUAAAAGAGAAUAUUCAGAAUUCUCUACUUUUGAAACCAUUAUCAAAAUUAACUGUUUUUAAAAAUAUAUCAAGAUAUACAGUUUAGACUUUAUGUAACCUCUUCGAGUUACAUCUUUGUAUUUGAAAUUAUACAAAAAAAAUUAUAAAAACCGAAAUUUGUAGGACAUUUGGUUCCUUACGUACCAAUUGCCAUCCUUUUUGAAUCACCUUGUACAUGAGAAUGUCAGUAUUAUUAGUAUAAUGAAUGUGUGAUAGUGAUAUUUCAAAAAUAUGUUCUUUGUUUUAAAUUGAUAGUUUCGAAUGAAUGGUAUAAAACCGAUUUCAUCUAUUUCUAUUAUUAUUUUUGUUCGAAAAUCAAUAUAUUGUGAAAAAUAUUCAAAAUUCUAGAUUAUAAUUUAUGUUUUAUAGUUUUUUUGUUUUGUUACUCGAAGUUACCAAAAUAUUUUUACUUACUAGAAGCAAUUUAUCGACAAUUUUUUCUUACUUUUUAACUUAAAAUUAUUCAUUGGCAUUAUUCCUAUAAUAUACUAUGUUAGAUUAAAAUCUCAUUUGUGAAUAAAUGAUAUAAAAAUUCAU